AUGUGCAUAAAAGCCCGCCGAAUAUGCGAAUAUAAAGAAACUCCUGACCGGCGGACACGCAAUGUGCGUCGACUGCAGAACGAUGUUAUCGCACGACGCCUUACUGAUCCAAGCCAAGCUGGUCUCACACCUACCGAACGUCAUUAUCUCCAAUUAUUUCGUGUUGCGACAUCUGGUCAGUGCGCCGGGAAUAUUGUGGAUGACUUCUGGCAGCGACUCAUUCACCAAGUCAGCGAGGAAGAGCCCGCUAUCCGACAUGCAACAAUUGCUAUUAGUGCCAUCCACUGGCAUUUCUUACAAGAGGGAAAUGCUUCAAAAUCCGAGUUCAAGUCAAACUCACUGUCGAUAGCCUCCUUUCCCAGGUCCGACUCGAAUCCCGACACAGAAGACGACGCUUCCUUCCCAUUGCAGCAAUGUAACAAGGCUAUCGCCUCUCUUCGGCAAAAUUUGACAAAAGUACACUCGCAUGUGACAAGCAGUGCGCACAGAGAGGCUGUACUUGUUACAUGUGUUGCGUUGGUGUCUCUUGCUCUUUUCCAAGAGGAUGUGAAAGCCGUAAUGAAACAUCUAGUAUCAGGCCACCGCUUGCUUCUAGAAUGGGAGAAAGUCAAUUUUGACGGAAGCCCGUCCGGGCCGAUCCUCAUGCGUGUGUUCCAAGACCUACAACUCCAUCGAAUGACAUUCUCAAGUCGCGAAACGGCGCUGGGAGAGGUGCACAUACCGAUUUGGCAGAAUUUCACAAAACCCUGCGACACGUACUCUGAUGGUGAUGCAGAAGAAGGAACUGCACGGGGACUGCUAGCCAUGUUAGGCUCACUUGUUUCAGCAAAUUUUCCUUGCAGACUUGCGAACGGGAAAAGAUCUCGUUUGAUUCCCUUGAUUCAAAGUGCUACCGAAUUGUUUUCGGGAGACAAGAAAGGUCUUCCGCUUACAAUAAUGGGGAGACUCUAUGCUUGGAAGGGUCAUCUCCAAAACUUUGCCUUAGCCACAGCAGGCAUACUCACAUCAGCAGAAAGAACCCCCCUUUUGCUCAUCCAGAUGUGGACUGAGUUCAUCUAUCUUAUGGCUAUUUACGCCAAUGGUCGCCAAGAUGAGAUGUUUUAUGACGCCUACCUACCAAAAUUCCAACGCAUCAAUGAAUUAGCAAUGCUCUUUCUGGCCGCAGAAUGCCAGACUGGGCUGUUUUGCGCCAAAGUCAUGCUUUUGCCUCCGGUUUAUUUCUCUGCCCACAGGUGCCGUGACUGGCACACGCGUCGAGAAUCACUGCGUCUGAUUUCAUCUUCGCGUCGACGAGAGGGGUUUUGGGCUUCGGCUGGAGCUAGCGCUGUACUGGAAUAUUUCAUUAAAGAGGAAUCCAUUGGUCUGGGUCCUGAUGAUAUGAUUCCUAUAUAUUCUCGCAUCGACAUGAUGUAUGUCUACCCCUCGCCCAAUAAACUGAAAGGCAUUGUGUGGUACCAUCGACCCUCCAGCCCCGAGGAAAUUGCGGGCGGCGCUGAUGUUUCUGGGAUAUGGAAAACUCUAGGGGUGCCAACAUGGUAG